UGUUAUGUGGAAGGGAUACUUCCUGUCUUGCAAAUUACCCUUUUGGCUUCCAUAUAAUUCACAUUUACUAUUCUUAUCAUUAAAUCCCUCUGUAUCUGAUUUAGUCACAUUUCCUCCGCCUCUCUGCGACCAUGGCGGAAUCCCCGAAUUCCGCUGCGGCCUCUGGUCAGACUCAGACUGCAGCGAAGCCUACCAAGGCACCGAACCCAGUAUGGAGGAUGCUUGGAAUGCCCAACUUCCGACUCAAACUUCCCUCUCGCAAUUGGAUGAUCUUCUUCGCAGUAACGGGUUCUUGGACCGCUGCCAUCGUCUAUGACCGCAAAGAGAAGAAGCGCGCAAAACAGAAAUGGUGUGAUUUGGUGGCGCACCUUGCCAAAGAAACCCUUCCGGUGGAACAAACACGGCGGAAGCUUACGGUCUUUCUGUCUGCCCCGCCCGGUGACGGUCUCCGCGUUGCCCGAGAGCAUUUCAAAGAAUAUGUCAAGCCUAUACUAGUCGCCGCGGCCUUGGACUAUCAGGUGAUCGAAGGUCGGCGGGAAGGUGAUAUUCGCGCUGGACUUUCAGAGCGGAUCCGCAAAUUCAGAAGGAAAUCCGGCGAACCAAGCACAGUGGUGGAAGAACCCGGCCUCGAAGAAGUCGUUGCGGAUGCUAGGGAGAAGAUCGGUGUGGUAGACGAGCCAGUCCCAAAGGGAGACUUGGUCAUCGGACGUAACACCUGGAGAGAGUAUAUCCGAGGUCUCCAUGAGGGUUGGCUUGGACCACUUGACCCUCCCCAACCACCUGUUACAAUCGAUACGCCAUCACCUUCUGAAGGAGCAGAGACAAGUACCCCUGCCAGUGACGUCCCUGCUGCAGAGAACACAGAGACGAAGGAUGAACCUAAGAAGAAGGAUGAGAAGUCCUCCAAGCCUACUGGCCCAACCCCAGCAUACAUUACUCCCGCCGACUACUCGUCACAAAGCCUUCCGCCGUCUCUCCCUGAAUCCCUGGACGGUUCCGUUCCUAUCCAUUUCCCACACAUUCUAGGAUUCUUGAACACUCCCAUCAGAAUCUACCGGUACUUGAACCAACGCCAUGUCGCUGAUAGCGUCGGACGAGAGGUUGCUGGCAUCGUUCUCGCCUCGACUACCCGGCCAUACCGCGAUGGCUCAUCUAGCACAGACUCCGAAUUUACCCCGGCGGGUACUGACGCCACUCCAGUUGCAGAUAAUCUGAUGGGUGGCAACUACGAACAGCAAGUCCUUCUCGAAGAGGAAGAGCGGGAAUGGCAUAAAUCGGUGCACAAGAAGGACGAGUCAAACCCUGAUAAGGAACGCGAGUGGCUGGACUCUGUCGUUCUGGACCCCCGUAUCGCAGCCCGGAUGCAGCGCUACGUUAUCUCCCCCGAAGAUGAAGCCCGUUCGCAGCGGAUUGCCGAGGGAGCGGAAUAUAUCCUGGGCGAGGAGCGGCCCACCCCCAUCCCUUUCUGGCAGCGUAUGUGGAUCAAGUAUGGAUACGGCGAGGAUGAGGAAACCCUCAAGAGGAAGCCUAUCCUCGGAAACAUUGAUGGAGAAGACGUCCAGUGAUUAACGCCCAAAUUUUAAGUCGAAAAUUUCGCACGGUUACGGAAUGGAAUCCAUAGAAUUGUUCUUGGUUUAUUAUAUACACCGGCAUUGGCAGGGAUGGUCAACACAGGAAAAAUCUCAUGGACUGUAACAACAACUUGAUCUAUACUGUACAUUAGUCUAGUCACGGCAUUAUAUAUCUGCUCAUACAUACUCGAUCUAGAUGUGUUGCUGCUCCGUGUUCAAGUAAAAUAGCCUUCCCUUCUCUUUCUAUCUAUCCCUCAAGAGUCAUGCAUUCAGAAGGAAUGACAUCUAACCGAUUCUAGUGCCCCUAUCUGCACUCUAUGCAAUGCUGGAUAUAUUUACGCAACCUGGUUUAACGAGAAAGAAACACGA